GCACCACAACAAAUGGAUUCCUGGAGAAAACCAAAUUGCCACUCGCCACUCGCCACUCGCCACUCCCCAACUCCCGGAAUCCAUGGCGCCGGCAGCCUAUGUGGCCAUCCUAUUCCUCUCAUUCCUCUUCCUCUUCUCGCUCCUGGGCCAUCGCCACCGCAAGAUCAAUGGCGAGAACAAGAGAGUGCAGCGGCUGCCACCGAGCCCGCCCGCCAUCCCGGUCCUCGGCCACCUCCACCUCCUUGGGAAGCCGAUCCACGCCGCGCUCGCGCGCCUCGCCGAGCGAUACGGGCCGGUGUUCUCCCUCCGGCUCGGCUCGCGGGAGGCCGUGGUGGUGACCUCCGCCGCCUGCGCCAGGGAGUGCUUCACCGAGCACGACGUGUGCUUCGCGAACCGCCCGCGCUUCCCCUCGCUGCUGCUCAUCUCCUUCGGCGGCGCCACGCUCCCGAUGUGCGGCUACGGUCCCUACUGGCGAAACAUCCGCCGCGUGGCCACGGUGCAGCUCCUGUCCGCGCACCGCGUGAGCUGCAUGCUCCCCGUCAUCUCCGGCGAGGUGCGCGCGAUGGCGCGGAGGAUGUACCGGUCCGCCGCGGCCGCCCCCGGCGGCGCCGCGAGGGUCGAGCUGAAGCGGCGGCUGUUCGAGGUCUCCCUCAGCGCCCUGAUGGAGACCAUCGCGCGGACCAAGACGUCCCUCGCCGAGGCGGACGCCGACACGGUCAUGUCCCCGGAGGCCCAGGAGUUCAUGAAGGCGCUUGACGUGUUCCUCCCGCUCCUCAGCGCGGCCAACAUGUGGGACUAUCUGCCGGCGCUGCGUUGGUUCGACGUGUUCGGCGUGAGGAGGAAGAUCCUGGCCGCGGUGAACGCGAGGGACGCGUUCCUACGGCGGCUCAUCGACGCGGAGCGGCGGAGGCUGGAUGACGGCGGCGGCAGCGAGGGGAGCGAGAAGAGCAUGAUUGGUGUGCUGCUCUCUUUGCAAAAGUCAGAGCCGGAGGUCUACACUGAUACCACCAUCAUGGCUCUGUGCGCGAGCAUGUUCAGCGGGGGAGCCGAGACGACGGCGACGACGGCGGAAUGGGCGAUGUCCUUGCUGCUCAACCACCCGGUGGCUCUGAAGAAAGCGCAGGCGGAGAUCGACGCGUCCGUGGGGACCUCCCGGCUGCUCGGCGCCGACGACGUGCCGCGCCUCGACUACCUCCGGUGCAUCCUCAGCGAGACCCUCCGGCUGUACCCGGUCGUGCCGACGCUGAUCCCGCACGAGUCCACCGCGGACUGCGCCGUCGGCGGCCACCACGUGCCCGGCGGCACGAUUCUGCUCGUCAACGUGUACGCCAUCCACAGGGACCCGGCGGCGUGGGCGGACCCGGCGGCGUUCAGGCCGGAGCGGUUCGAGGCCGGCGGCGCCGACGGGCUGUUCAUGAUGCCGUUCGGGAUGGGGCGGCGCAAGUGCCCCGGGGAGGCGCUCGCGCUGCGGACGCUGGGGCUGGUGCUGGGCACGCUGAUCCAGUGCUUCGACUGGAGCACGGUCGGUGGCGCCGGCGAGGUCGACAUGGCCGAAGGGGUUGGGAUCACGCUCCCGAGGGCUGUCCCUCUGGAGGCCAUGUGCAAGCCGCGCCAGUGUAUGGUUGAUGUCCUCCGGGAGCUGUGACUAUGUGAGCUUCCUCUGAACGGUAGUAAGUUUAUUUCGAAGACGAAUCAUUGAUACUAUGUCGUGGGCUUUGUAAUAGAUGUGCAAAUAGGUGUUCUUUAGCGUAUCCACUAUUUCUUUUUAGUUCAAAAAUUGUAUUAGUUUCUCAAAAUAAGUUUUCACUUUGAAAAACUAAUAUAAACUUUUAAACCAAAAAGGGAUGGUAGAUACCCUUAGACGCACCUAUUUGCACCCCUACUUUGUAAUAAAGCAAGUCGCAACUCGCAAGGCAAAGUCGGCUGAAACUUUUUUUCUCAAAAAAGAACAGUUACUAUGUA